UGUCUCUCCGACAUUUACUGUUAUAAUCAAUCAAUUGUUUAUAACGAGACACACCCUUCUUAAUGUAUGCGAUUACAACCCUCUUCUAGAAGUGAACAAAAGACUCUAGUUACCAGUAUUACUUUGAUCCAGGGUUAAGUUUGUGCUAUGUUGUGGCAAGGUAUAGCGGUGUGUUAUUGUUUACCUAGUCAACUGUUAAAGACGGCGGGUGUGAAUACACUCAUACGCAAGUGAUCUACACUCUAUACACACCACAUUAUAAGCACACAUGCAUUCACAGGUUGUGACUGUCGCAGGAAUACAAAUGGCCACUCUCAAGCCUGUGAAGUGAUAAAAAUAACAUGUUAAAUUACAUCUCCGAUUGCGAUAUUAAUCCUUUAAAAUAAAAAUAUUGAGCAAUAGUGGGCGUUGCCCGGUGCGCUCGCCAGGCAUUACCAUAUUGUGUGGGAUAAUGGAAACUAGGCAGCAGGGGAGCGAGACGAUAAUGAGUGUGAGUGGUAAAUAAACAGGUAGCAGUUGUAGAGAGGAACCAUCGCCCCGGCUCGUGUCACUUGGGCCCGAGUGUAAAUACGUACAACAACAAAGCCAAACAAACUUAUUUUACGCCAAUAUAAUUGUCACUUAUGGACUUGUGAUAUUCGCUGCGUAAUGCUGGAUGAUUAAAAAGGCUUCAUGGUGGUGAAAGAAGGAAAUAUGUUGGCUCUUAAGGUCUUGUUGAUCAUUGCCGUACGCAUUCGACAUUUGGCCUGAAUGUCCGUGACGUCACGAUAACUAGUGGAAAAAGUGAAGAUGGCUGCCUUGGAUGACAGCCUUACAAAUUUUGAAGGGCAAAAAUGGUCCUUAUGGGCCGAAAGGCUCGGCAUGAAUAGUCCCACAAGUGACUCAGAAGAUGAGGAAAAUACAAAAUGUAGGCGAGAAUCGACGACAACUCGUCUUAAAAAGGAAGAAAUGUCCAUAUAUGGAUAUUGUCCUCGUUGGGAAGACUUUUACCUGGUGGUUUGUGACGUUUGUGGACAUGCAAUAAAACCGCAGGCGUUAAAGCAGCACAUAGAUAAAUGUCUCAGCUGGAGGAAGUGUUGUAUAACAAGCUCAAGUCUCGGCGUCAAAGAGCUUCGACAUGGAGGCAUUGUCACCCCAGUCAAGUCUUCUGGUGGAGCUCGAGCAUCAGUGUCAUCAAGCAGCAGAACGCCUAAGACCAGAAAUCGAACUCAUACCACAAAUCCUGUUGUAAAACUUGAAGGAAGAAUUGAUAGCAGAGAUUUACUAGAGAGAAGCCACAAUUCUCAUAUUUCUAGUGAUUCUGGUGCCAAUAGGAACAGUAGUAACAGCAUAAGCAGCAGUAACAUCAGCAGCAGCAUCAGCACUAACAGCCGAGUUGGGGGACUGCCAGGCUCCCCAAGAUGUGACAUGUUACCGUCUCCUGGUGGUAUGUCAUUGACCUCAAUGAAGACAGAGGUGAAGACAGAGGAUGACUUAGACUGUGGAUUAGACCUGGUGCCUCCACCACAAUCUUUACCAACUACCUUACCACCUCCGGCCCCACCUGAGCUUCCGCAUCAUACAAUACCACAUCCUCCAACGCAUUCAGGGCCUCCACCUACCAUUGGACCUCCUAGUAUAGGCCCACCUAGUGCUGGACCUCCUAGCGUUGGGCCUCCAAGUAUUGGCCCACCAAGUGUUGGUCCUCCUAGUGUAGGGCCACCCAGUGUAUCUUGUCCGAGUGUAACACAUCAGGGUAUGGUGACCCUAAGUGGACCUCAAGUUAGUAUGGCAGGAGCUUCUGUUGUUGGAGUUCCUAUGCAUAUUCAGAAUGCAUCCAGUGUAGAAGAGGAGGUCAAUAAAAUAUCUGCAAUGUUACAGGCAGAGGCAGAGGCUCUAACGGCUUCACAAAAUCUCAUAGCAAGUUCCUCUAUGGAUUUGGAUGCUGGUCUAGUUGGGUCUCAUGAUAUAGUGGAAGCCCAAGGUCAAGCUGCUGGCAGUGUGACCACCAAUGGUACCAGUCUUGGGGGCAGACAGGGGAUGAUGGUGAACAGUCAAACCAUGGGCUCUGUGCCAGUGCCGAUGAGUCACAUGUCCAUGGCCACGCUAAACCAAAUUCAAGCAGACUUGUUAGCCACUGUGAGUGAGUCAGACCUCAAUGCUGUGCUCAAUGCCACUCCUGAAACCUCGGACCUGGCUCAGUCAGUUCUUCCCAAUAAUUCUCAGUGCUACUUAAAUGAGAGUGGUAACUUGACGUAUAUUGACCAACAUACUGUAAAUACUAAUAAUUAUGUUGAACCUAUGGAACCCCCUGAACUAAGUAUGGAAAAGGUGGUACCUCAGCGGUACAAUAGUGAACAAUUAUCAAUGCCCGUUUUAGAAGAAAUCACAAAUGAGGUUUUGUCUGAAGGUGACGCAUGUGCACAUAAUCUUGAUAGAGUGACGACUGAUGUACAAGGACAAUAUACAAAUGGUACUCAGUCUGAUCUUAUUGAAGUACCUGUUGAAUCAUUUAGUUUUGAUGAAAUUGAAAAAAUAUCAUCUCAGUGUGAUGAAUUAACAAAUGCAGUGAAUUCUAUAAGUCAGUUGUGUCAAGGUGGGAACACUGGACUGGAGUCACAGCUGGCGGGCCUGUUGCAACAACCGACAUCUACCCCAGCACCGUCCCCUUCCUUAGGUGUGCAAUCGGCUCCUACUGGCAACUCCAUCAGUGCUGCUUCCACCUUGGGAACCUCCAGCCAGGGUAUCACAGUGGUUAUAGGAGGUGGAUCACAAUCCACUGUUAGUACUGUUGCAUCUCAACCCUCACUUUCCAUGCCUAAUUUAGCUGCCACAUUAAAGAAACCUGUAGUAUCUACAGGAGGGUCUCAGCUAGUGUCACCAAGUCCUUCUGCAUCAACACAAGCACACACUCCAUCUCAUACACCGACUCAUACCCCUGCGCACACUCCAACACAUACGCCAUCCCAACACACUUCUGGGUCAUCUGCCCUAACGCCAGCUCCUCCAACGCCUUCACCUAAAAAGUCAAGCAAAAAGAAAAAACCUGGCGAAAGAAAACUUUUACCUCUGAAAGAUAGAGAAUAUGAUCCUGAGGUUCAUUGUGGUGUUGUGGUGGCAGAGACUGGCAAACCCUGUACCCGUUCCCUCACCUGUAAGGCGCACUCUCUCUCUUUAAGAAGAGCUGUUAUGGGACGAUCUAAAAAGUUUGACGAACUCCUCUUGGAGCAUCGAGCAGCCAAAGAGGCGCAGACCAAAGCUGCUAAACCUCCAGAUGCAGCUGCUGGUCUUAUACAAGGCACCCCACCCCGUGGCCCGGUCUUGACCACCACUGGCAGCGGAGGAAUGGUGGUAGGGGGGGCUGCUACUACAUCCCCUCUCCUGGUUAAAUCUUUGGGGGGCACCGCGUCCACAAUAGUGACUCCGGGUGACCCUUCUCCCAAUCCACCCCUACAUCACCCAAUGGAUCCUCCCAGCACCCCGUCGCACACCCAUGCCACGCCCCCCUCUCCUGCAUAUUGGCCGCCUACUUCUAGGAUUCCUCCGGCCCUCGUACCUGCAGAUAAUUUUUAUGUUCGAGAGCCGCCCAAGCCUCUUGCUACAUGUUCGUACAACUGUAGAAGACUAGGUGGAUACUUGGCUUCUGAUCACAGGGCGGACUUAUUACGUAGUGCGUUUCGUAAUGCUCUGAAGAAGCCUCAUCCAGGCUCGGUUCUCACAGACUCGAGCAUCAGCAAUACUUUAAAUAUUGGUGGUACUCAAGAGAGAUUUGUGAACGUCAAACCUCUGUUAGCUAAAAAGUUGCAGCUGACUGUCCCUUCAGGGUCAGGCACUAAGGACGGCAUUAGUGUAAGCACAGGGUACAAUGGUCACAUCCAUGUCGGCAACAGCAUGGGGAUUGUGAAUAGCAGUGCAGUGGCAGCGACACUUAAAAGACCUACCCAAACUGAAACCUUAAAAAAUAAUUCCUCUCCCAUCACUAGUGCCAAAAAUAAAAAUAAAAAAGUGAAAACAAAUGAUGGUGCUAUAAAUAUUGUGGGCAAUGUAUUGCAACUUGAUGCCAGUGGGAACAAGAACCACAUUCCUGUUGUUGUCAGUUUGCAAAAUGGUUUAUCGAACAAUCAGACUAUAACUUUAAGUAAUGUAGCAAUUGCAGGAGUGAGAAACUCUACUACUCAACCAAUUAGAAUAAACCCAUCCACACCCACUAGUUUUGGGAGAGACACACCAGUUACGGACACACGGCCAGGCAGCAGUGAUAAUCCAAACAUUUUUCUUGGGUCUGGUUUACCGAGUGGAAUUGUGAUAUCUGACGCUUUAGCGAAAUCGUUCAAAAGUGAUGGUGCUGGGAGUAUUCGAUUAGAACUUCACAGCAAUACCUUUGGGGAUGCAUCAAGAUUGGUCACAAAUACUGCUAAAGUAAGUGGCAGUGGAGUUACAAAUACAGUGGGUUCAGGUAGCGGCAAUGUUGGUGGGGGCAGCACUGUGACGAGUGGCACCACUACAGGCUUGGCCCCCGGCCAGGUCACGUAUCUCACCUCAGCUGUGUCUGGUAGUGGCACUACUACUGGCCUCACUCUCCAUCAUGUACAACAGGUUCUAAACCGAAUACAAGUGCAGGGUAAAGGUGGUGGAGGGUCAGUUGGUGGUGGCGGAGGAGGACUCUCUCUCAAAUUACUUGGGUCUGGCCAGGCUGGGGUAGCAGGUGCAAGAUCUACCUUUGUUCUUCAACAGGAGAAGGAGCCCUCCUGACCUCCUGGGGCAGGGGGUCAACCCUCUUCAGCCCUGCCCAUAAGUCUCUCACCAGGGGGAACAGAAGGGUUCCAGGGGGGACCAACACAGCCCUCGCCCUUGCCUCAGGUGGCAACUGUUGCUGUACCCUUCUGGAGCAAUAGGCCUGUGUGCCACAACAACAACAAUAACAACAACUAUGUAAAAGUACGUCCAGCUGGUGUCUGGCCUCCCACCAGUGGUGGAACAGUGCGAGUGACCCAAGUAGAACCUUCGGCCAAGUCCAGCAUAGCCAUGGCCACCAGCGGAGCCAGUAUGACAAUGACUGGAGUGACUGACAUCGGGGAUAUGAUACCCCCUGUGGCCACAUCCAAUGCUCAGGUUCUGGUACCCAAUGAUACCCCACUCUUAACCCAAGAUGGACCAUUGUACAACAGUGGCACAAAGAGCCCAUCUCUACUAUGUGUAGUUCUUGAUGAUUGAGGGGCCAUGUAUUUUGGUUGUUCAGUAAUAUUAAUUACAUAAUUUGUUAUAGGUAGACAAGUGUUGCUCGAGCGUGCAGUGAUAUUGUGAGACAAUAUCUGUUCUUGUGUGAUAUGUAGCUCUUCACUAGUGUGCGCUAGUGAACCAUGACAAAACAGAGACGAACAGAGGCAAUAGUGCAGUUACAUAGCAGGCCCUCCUAUACGCUUAAAUUUUGUCUCUUGUGUGAUACAAGUGCAUGCUGAAGAGACUUUUUUUUUGUAUUUAUCUGUGAUGUUUUGUAUUCUGGUGAGCUCUGGCAACCAGACUAGGGAGUGGGGGACACAUGGGUGGGCAACAGCUCAGCUUGACCGUGCAGCUCACGUGUUGGUGCUCGGCCCGACACUCCUACAUGGUUCACACUUGGAAAUUUUUGAUGUUUUCAAGUACUUGGUGGUUCUUUUUACCACACAAUGUAAUAUAAUAUUCUAGUCUUGUUUGUUAAUACUGUACUUGUUUUCUUUCUCUUUGUAUUGGUGUUUUCCCCCCAUUAUUUUUCUUUCAUACACACUGCCAUCCUUGCCAUCCAAUCUUUCAUAGGAAAGUCCUGUUAAAAAUGUUGAUGGUGGUCUGCACACAAACAUUCCCUUUGUAGGUGGUUCACACCACGUCUUUUUUUCCUUUUUUUUUUUUUUUUUUUUUUACAAGUUAAUCAUAGACACUUCAGAUUAUUUUCAGUACUGUACUUAGUAUCAUUAUAAUUUCUUUCAACAUUAAUCACGUUUUUCUUUCCUUCAUAGCAAUUUGUGCAAUGUAAUUUUCUUUCUGAAUCUUUGCAUGUUAUGGUGAUCUUUUUCUCUUAUCUUUCUUACAACUCUUGGAAAACUGCAUUGUAGCAAUCAAUUUCAAUCAUAAAUUUCAGUGCAUGCAUAUUUUCUUUAAUAGCUAUAUUAUGCCCUCUUAAUCUUGGUUGAAAGUAAUUUACUUCCUUAAAGAUCACUAACUCAGUGUUGAGAUUAGCUUGCUGCAUCGCAAUAUGUAAAUCAAAUAAAUCAGAAAGAAUUUGUCUUGUAGACUGUUUAUGAAUACCAUUGUUGCACGUGUAUUAGAGGUGUGAGUAGCUAUCAUAGAAACAGUUGUAAUCAUUCCACGACAAUGGUACAUAAUUAAGACAUUCAACUGGUGCAAUGUGGGGCUACAGGUAGAGUGUAGUGAAAUUUGAGCAGGCCUGUGGGAAGGUAUCCCUAAAAUUCAGUCUGCUUCAUAGCUGUCAUUGGCUAUUAAGGAGGUUUUAGGGAUAAAGGUGCUAAGUAUAAACUUUUUCCCACUUUGCACAUCUAGAAUUUGGGUGUAUUUUUGGUGUGGAUAUUAUGUUUUUAUUGAAAUAAGUGAACGUAUUUAGUAAGUGCUGUUCGUCUCCCACCGGCCUGCAGAAUUUAGGAAACUCCCCGACCUGUGUUUUCCCCCAUUUUAUUAUAUUUUGUAUAACUUUAUUGUUAUUUUUCUGAUAAUUUUAAUUUCAUUUUAUUAUUACUGUCAUUUCAAAAAUUAUCCAAACCAUUUUUAUCAAUUCAUAGAUUUAUCCUUUUUUCAUCUGACAUGUUCACACUUUCAUAAUGUUGGCUCAGGGACCAAAAUAUAUGACAAUUGUUUGCUGGACCGCCA